AUGAGUGGCCCGGGUGAGAAUCGCUGGCGGCGGCAGGGUCAAGCCAACCGCAACUCCAACUCGGGCGCAAACACCCCCACCAAGGACAAUGCGGGACGGCAGCAGGCUAUGCCAGCGCCCACAGCGAACGUAUGGGGGGCCAAGCAGGGGAAGGGAACAAGCCCCGCAGCUGCACCAGUUCAGACCCAGCCAGAGCAUGUACCCGUGAAGGAGUUCAAUGCAGAUGAGGUCAAGCAAUUCCUCAAGAAGAAAUACAUUGAGAGCACAGCCAAUCAACCCUCGGUGUACCACAAGGUCCCUGGCGACUCCGUCUCAAACCGUAGCAGCGGCGCGUGGGGCAAAGGAGGCACCAUGUCACACCUCAUGCCCACCGGCCAAGACUUCUUCACGCAGCUCAAGAAGCAGAUCGCAACUCUCGAGCAGACCAAACCCGCGCAAUGA